GGCGCGCAUGCGCCAAGGGCCGUCCCCGGAAGUGACGCGCAGAGGGGGAGAGGAAGCCGGAAAUGACGCUGCAGCUGGCGCGGAGGUGGUGGAGUCGGGUCGGAGCCAUGUCAGCGGGUGGUGGAGGGCAGCGCGAUACGGCGACGGCGGCCGCGAGCGGGCGCCGCAGCAAGUGGGACCAGCCGGGCCCAGCCCCUGCCUUUCUCCUCCCCGGCACGGCGCCACUGCCCGGGCGCCCCUUUCCCGGCGGCAGCAGCGAUGGUGGCUCUGCUGUCGCGGGCUCUGAGAGCUCCGCAGCCCCUUCGGGAGCGCUGGACGCGGCUGCAGCUGUGGCUGCCAAAAUCAAUGCCAUGUUAAUGGCCAAAGGGAAGCUGAAGCCGGCGCCCAGCACGGCAGAGAAGCUGCAGGCGCUGGGAAAAGGUCCGGCUACAAGUAAAAGUAAAGAUGACCUUGUGGUGGCCGAGGUUGAAAUCAAUGACGUCCCUCUGACGUGCAGAAACCUUCUGACGAGAGGACAGACUCAGGAUGAGAUAAGCCGGCUGAGUGGAGCAGCUGUCUCUACUCGAGGGAGGUUCAUGACUGCAGAAGAGAAAGCAAAAGUGGGACCAGGAGAUCGUCCAUUGUAUCUUCACGUCCAGGGGCAGACGCGGGAGUUAGUUGACAGAGCUGUUAACCGAAUUAAAGAGAUAAUUACUAACGGAGUAGUGAAAGCAGCCACGGGUUCUAGUCCAACAUUCAAUGGAGCCACGGUUACGGUCUAUCACCAGCCAGCUCCUAUCACUCAGUUGUCUCCAGCAGUUGGCCAAAAACCUCCAUUCCAGUCAGGGAUGCAUUAUGUACAGGACAAGUUGUUUGUUGGUCUGGAACACGCUGUACCGACCUUUAAUGUGAAGGAGAAGGUGGAAGGGCCUGGUUGCUCCUAUUUGCAGCACAUUCAGAUUGAAACGGGUGCCAAAGUCUUUCUCCGUGGGAAAGGCUCGGGUUGCAUCGAGCCGGCAUCGGGCAGAGAGGCUUUCGAGCCCAUGUAUAUCUACAUCAGUCACCCAAAGCCAGAAGGUUUGGCAGCUGCCAAAAAGCUGUGUGAGAAUCUCCUGCAAACUGUGCAUGCUGAAUACUCCCGGUUUGUGAAUCAGAUCACCACUGCGGUACCUUUAGCAGGCUUCACGCAGCCCGCUGCGAUCAACAGUGUUCCGUCUCAGCCAUCCUAUUACCCUUCCAACGGGUACCAGUCUGGUUAUCCUGUGGUUCCUCCUCCUCAACAGCCAGUUCAGCCCCCAUACGGGGUACCAGGCAUCGUGCCCCCUGCAGUGCCGAUGUCUCCGGGCGUCCUCCCAACGCUUCCUGCCACGGUUCCACCCGUGCCAACACAAUACCCGAUACCUCAGGUGCAGCCUCCCGCCACCAAUGGCCAGACUCCACUGAGUGGUCCCUUUCUUCCUGCUGCUCCAGUCAAAACAACAACCGUGCCGAGUGGUACACAGCCACAGGUCCAACCCCCUCCUCAAGGGCAAAAGAGACGCUUCACUGAGGAACUACCGGAUGAGAGAGAAUCAGGACUGCUGGGAUAUCAGCAUGGACCCAUUCAUAUGACUAAUUUAGGUACAGGCUUCUCCAGUCAGAGUGAAAUCGAUGGAGCCGGAUCGAAGCCAGCAAGUUCCUCAGGAAAGGAGAGAGAGAGGGACAGGCAGUUGAUGCCUCCACCGGCUUUUCCUGUCACUGGAAUGAAAUCAGAAUCUGAAGAAAGGAAUGGUGCGGGGUCUUUGCCAGGCAGCCAUGAUCAUCAAGCAAAGAAGUUGAAAACUACAGAGAAGGGCUUUGGGUUAGUGGCGUACACCGGAGAUUCAUCCGACGAAGAAGAGGAGCAUGCUGGCCAUAAAAACGCAAGUACUUUUUCACAGGGAUGGAGUUUGGGAUACCAAUAUCCUUCCUCCCAACAGCGAGGUAAACAACAGAUGCCGUUUUGGAUGGCACCAUAAAACCUGCAGAAGAGUUUUCAUCUGUUUUUCUCUCUCUAGCAAUAAUGCAUGUACAUUACAGAAGGAACUUUGCAAAUACGCGUUGUUUUUACAUUUGCAGAAGCUAAAGGUUUGGAUUUGGACCCCUUGAAAGGGGGAAAACUUUUUAAAAUCAAAUUUUAAAGUUCUUUAUUUCUGCAAUGAAUUUGUCAAUUAAAAACGAAGGAUUUGAAGUAGUACUCAUCUCGUACAGAGAGACGAGUGCAGGCUCUUGGUCUGCUUUUCCCAUUUUUUAUGUGAUCCUGGAAAAAUGGGAAGCGCCAGUCGCACUGACUCCGUUCUGCACCCGCUGGUCAUGUUUUCUCGAGCAUUUCCGCUGUUGGCUGGUGUUCGCAGUCGCCUUGAGCUCAUGGUGACCCCAUUUCGACAUUCAGACUUUCAGCAAAGGAAAGGACUAGGCAAUGGUUCUCAGACUUGAGGAUUACAUGACAACUCUUAAUUUCUUUUUACCUUAAGCAUCUCCUGCCCUGUUUUCUUUUUGAAAUGUGGUUUGAUAACCCCGCGCUUCCUGUUCUAGCUGGGGUGGGGGUGCUUGGGGUUUCAAUGGGUCCCUCUGGCCUUACUCCCAGGGCACUUGGCACUGGGAUUUGGUCUCUGCCAUCACUCUGGAUUCAUCCCAGUUCAGCAGCUCGGACAGAACUCCUUUUCACAAGGUGGGCUCCAUCUUUUCUCUGUUACCCACUCUGCUUUACCCUCCUCUUUAACUUUGUGGAGCCGGACAGCGGGGCCAGACCUUAGUCCCAGCCAGGGAGCUGGGAGUGAGCUGUUGGAUUGUUCCCGUCCAUGGACUGCACACGGGCUUUGCUGCUGCGGCUGCUACAUAAAGAACUCUUGCAUGGAGAAGCGUGGUGUGAGCCUGCGCUUAGCCCGGCCAGACUUUGGAGCGGGAGGAAGGGUUUUAAAAGCGGAGGGAGAGUGUUGUUGCUGGACACCAAAACCUUGCUGGCUCGCUUGUACAAACAUGGGCUUCCUUGUGUGCUGUAAAUAAUCAGAACCUGACUUUCACUAUAAAUAAAUGUAUAAAGGCUCUGCUGCUGCUUGUGGUGGGUU